AGGAAGUACAUAUUUUGUUUAAUAUCCGGGUAGUUGCCGGUUUAAAGGUCUGAAGUUUUUUGUAGUUUUUAGUGUUUUUCUGUUUUUAAAAUUCUGCUGGAGAAUGGAUCAGACUGAUUCUCAGCCCAAAACUGUUCUCGGUACUUUAAUAGACAGAAAGGACCGAUCUAAAUACGUGUGCUUCACUCAGAGGAGAGCGGGAGGGCUGAGCGUGGGGUUGAGUAAUGGUGAGGAUGUUUGGAAAGCAGAUGUUUCAGAAGAAAGCUUGUCUCAGAUGAAGAAGAGUUUUUCACUGAAGUCGACGGAGGAUUACGCCCUGAAGCUGAAGGGGGCGUGCAGGAGCGGCAGUGCUUUCGUCUCGCUGCAGGAGGACGGCGCUGUGCUUCACCUGGACUCUGAACCUGCAGAUCUUAAUGUGUCUUUAUCCAAACUCACAGACCUCGAGGGAAGAUCAGAACUCAAAGAUCUGCUGUUUAAGAUGGCAGACAGUCUGACGCAGCUAGACGCUGCAGGGGCUACACCUACAUCAAGUCCUAUAAAGAGUCUACAGAAGAAGGGCACUGGAUUUGAACCUAGGAAACAACAGUCCAGCGGUCCGACAGUAGCUGUGCGAAAACGCCUUCCAGGGGAUUCGAUCAUCAACCCAGGAACAAGAAGGAAGCGAGCUGCUACAGGAGUGGAUUUUGACGAUGGAGAUGCUGCAUAGAAUCAACAUGUGUAUAAAUCUCCUGCUGCUGAUGAUGAUUACAUAACAUGAAUGUUCCACUUUUAACCCAACAACACUAUCACCAUUACCAUCACUGUUGUUACUACAAUCUACAUACAAGUACAUAACAUUAACAAGACUCUAGACUGUUUUUAUUAAUUUAAUCUUAGUGGGGCUAUUUUAAUGAAACAUUAUGAAUCAAGCAUAAUUAAAACAUUUUAACUGUAUAUGUAAAAUAAAUAUCUUAUUUUUUAAAAUA